AUGGGAGGAAAGUCAUUUCAAGCGGAAAUGGAAGUGAGUGGACGAAUUUCGGUGGAACCAACUGAUGAUACCUUACGGCUUAAAUCUGUAAGCACUGAUGAUAUGCAGAAGGAACUUUCUAAGCUUAAAGAUGAUCAAAAGCAGCAUGCCGUAACAGAUACCUUGGCUGCAUUGGUGUACGACAUUGAUGCCACCGCGGAAGUAUUACGACGUGGUUCACUGAAAAAGAAGCGACCCACCGGAGAGGAAGUAAUCACUGGAUACAAUUUACGUAUCACACCUGGGCCAGAAGAAGAAAUACCUAUCCCAUCGCCAAGACAACAUCAUGCAACGGAGGAUAGUUUUACAUUGGAACAAGUUUCACGAGAUUAUGGUGUCGAUAUUUCCGAAUCGCAAAUGUAA